AUGGUGAGACUUCCCCCACGACUGAAACCCAGUUGGCGCAGCAGUCUUGUACAUUCGAAAGGGGGGACGAAGAAGCGCCUCUACAGUAGCGGCGGAACUGGCAGCGUCCGUGGCAGCGUCCGUGGCAGCCCCCGUAUGGCACAUUGCACGGACGAAGGCGCGGGGGAGCUGCACAAAUAUGUAUGCGUCGUGCCGUACAAGAACGACAACGUCCUGUCGCUGGAGAAAACGUAUGACGCGAAAUAUCCCCACGUGGUUAGCGAAAACAGCAUUGAAGUGGAGUCUAAUUUGAAAUAUAUUUACAAAUUGCUACUAACCAGUCGAACAGUGGAACAAAUCCGAUUGAUCUUACACAACUCGUACUGCGCAUACGAGAGUAAUUUCAUAAAUGAUGUGAGGAACAUUAACUGGUCUGCGUACAUCCCCUUCAGCAGUGUCUUCACGGAGCCACAAAUAAAUGUGAAGACAAUAAAGUCAAGGCUUUUCCACACAUGCAUGAUCAAAAACAUCAUCCUAAAUGUGAUUAAAAAGCAGCAACAAGUGUAUAUAGAAAAAAAUGGAGAUGAAAAUAUCCUUUUGAAGAAGAAGAAGCUGACUCCGUGCUCUCUCCAGCCGCUAAAAAUACAUGUCCUUUUCCGUUACAACGAAUUGAAGAUUAGUGUAAACAUAAGUAAUGACCUAAACAGACGUCUCUACAUUGCACAGAAAAGUGAGAGCUCAUUAAAAAGCACAAUCAUAGCUUCUGCGUUGUUCAAAAUAAACAUUUUUAAUUACACCAAUGGGGGGAAAGACCUCUAUUUUGUGGAUCCCUUCUGUAAUGAUGGCAGCAUUAUCUUGGAAGCAUUUUCCAUUUUAAUGACUGCCCCUUGUGGCUCCCCCAGUAUUAACUACCCCAUUGUUUCAUUUCCUAUGCACUCCCCUUCUUCCUUUUUCGAUGCUUUAAAUGAAGUGAACAUGACUCCGGGGAGGUUCACCGACCGAGUGUUCCUCCUUGGGGUUGACGAUAGUAAGGAUCACAUAAAACAAGCUAAUGCAAAUUUGAAGAGACUCUUCCUGACCAUACCCCGUUGUGUUGAUGAGGAGGAUGCGCAGGAUGUGCAGGUGGGAGGAAACAUCCCUUUGUCCGGAGAAGCGGUGGACAAAUCGGUUCGACGUGGCAAAGGAGGAGUGGGGAAAAGUGGAGGAGAGUCUCCUCCACUGGGGGAUGCUGCUUCCCAUUUCAGCGCGCUUGGCACACCCGAACUGAAGGCGUUGUUCUGCAGCGAUGGGCUACUUCAAAACAGAGGAGAUAAUAUCGCCCUGUCGAGGAUGAUAAAAUUCCUAUGCAUGGACUUCCUCAAACUAAGCAGUAUCAGCGAAAACUGUGUUAUCAUUACAAGCAUAGAGAAUUAUAAAGAAAGGACGAAGCUGAAGUUUAAGUUAGUUUCUCGAUUUGUGUCCGAUGGGCAGAACAUCAUUUUUGUGCAACUCUUUGGGCAGGCUCGGCGCGGGGUGUACGACGAGAUGUGGGACGGCUGA